AUGGUGGACACGGAGAACGCGGGCACUGCUACUCGCAGCCUGUCCAAGGACGAAGGCCGCCUGCGCGAACUGGGCUACAAGCAAGAAUUGAAGCGCGAUUGGUCGUUGAUUCACAAUUUCGGCGUCUCCUUCUCCAUCAUCUCAGUCAUCACCGGUAUUACCACUCUGUUCAGCUAUGGCUUGAACACUGGCGGACCGGGCGUCAUGUCCUGUGGCUGGAUCGUUGUCUCCUUCUUCACCAUGUUUGUCGGGCUGGGGAUGGCUGAAAUUGUCUCGGCCAUCCCCAGCGCCGGAGGCCCGUAUUUCUGGGCUGCAAUCCUGGCACCCAAGAAGUGGGCGCCGUUUGCGAGUUGGGUUACAGGGUGGUUCAAUCUGCUGGGCCAGGUCGCCGUCACCACCGGCAUCACCUUUGGCUGCGCAGGACUUAUUUCGACCCUGGCCACUAUCAAUGGUUACGAACCGACGGCAGGCAGAACCCUGGGGAUCUAUGCGGCGCUUUUGACCUCGCACGGCAUAGUCAACUCUUUUGGCGUCCACAUUUUGCGUUACUUGAACAACACCUCCAUAGUUCUACACUCGCUCGGUGUCUUCAGCUUUGCUGUCGCCGUCGUCGCCAAGGCUCCUCAUCACCAGUCUGCCAAAUUUGUGUUUGCCACGUUUUACGAUGGGACUGGUGACCCGGGCUGGUCGGUCAGGGCAUCGCCCGCAUACGUCGCCUGUAUCGGUAUCCUGAUGUCCCAAUAUACAAUUACCGGGUUUGAUGCUAGUGCGCAUCUUUCCGAGGAAACUCAAAAUGCGUCUUGGUCGGCGCCCCUUGGCGUUCUCAUGUCAAUUGGCUGCUCCGCCGUCUUUGGCUGGUUUCUUAUCCUCUGUCUCCUGUUCAGCGUCCAGGACUUCCAGCGUACAAUUAGCUCAGAGUAUGAGCAGCCGGUCCUUCAGAUCCUGGUGGAUGUGUUUGGGAAAACGGGGGCCAUCGUGCUCUUCGUCCUGAUCAUCAUCUGCGUUUGGCACUGUGGCCUGUUCAGUUUGACCUCCAAUUCACGAAUGAUGUUCAGCUUUGCUCGUGAUGGCGGCAUCCCUCACUUCUUCCACAAGGUGGAUGCCCGGUUCCGAAGUCCCAUCCGCACUAUCUGGCUCGCUGCGGCACUGGCUUUUCUUCUGGCUGUCCCCAGUCUCGGAUCGUCCGUCGCAUUCGCUGCGGCAACUUCGAUCGCAACCAUUGGCCUCUACCUUUCGUAUGGGCUUCCGAUCUUGAUCGGCAUGAUCAAUCCACAGGGGUUUAUUCAUGGGCCUUUCAAUCUCAGAUGGGCCUCACGCCCUGUGGCACUCAUCGCGUGCAUGUGGAUCGGUUUCAUCACCGUUGUCUUCUGCCUGCCUGAGCUCAACCCUGUCAAUUCGCAGACGCUCAACUAUACUCCCGUCGCCGUCGGUAUCAUUGCGGUGUGGUGUCUUGCAAGUUGGUUCUUGUGGGCUAGGAAAUGGUUCAGGGGUCCCAUUCGACAGGUGGAGGCCGAAGUGGCCGGGAUCAAUGUUGAUGAUCCCGAUGCUAUGGACCGAGCUGAGCGGGAAGGAAGGAUCCCUCAACUCGACGAUCCUCAGGUAGGCAAUGAGAAGAGCCUCCUGGCCACUAUGAAGCAGAAUUACAAUUGA